AAUAUUUACAGGAAAUUUUGUAACGAAAAGUGUGCAUCCAGACUGAAGUCAACAAAAAUGGCCACACAGUGCAGUACUAGUACAGACGAGGGUUGUGAAACAGAUCAAACAAACGAAAUGAGAGACUGUUCGCAAUCUACUUCUGAUCUAACUCAACGAAUACAAUCUUAUGCUAGCAGUAGUUCAUCAAGCGGAGUAAUAGGAAGUUAUUCGAAAAGCUUGAGCCAAAACCUUAGUCGUGGUUCAUCAAACAGCAACUGCUCAAUUUUAGAAGGCAUCGAUUUGAACAUGACAAGCAUUGACUUGGCAAGUAGUCUACCCUCGUGCGCCAGUAGUACCACCUUAGCGACAUCUGAUCAGAUGUCAGAUCGUUCCAUCUACAAAAGCAAUAAUUCAUGCUUUCACUUGCCCGUUUCGAGCAAUUCUUCGACAUUGUGUGCUAAUUCUCCGGAGACUUGCAUUGAUAAAAGGUCACCAAUUAAUUUUAGGGAAGGUCGUCGGGCAAGUGAUGGUCUUGUUGCCCAAGGAUUUGCAAAUUCAAUGACAAUUUUGAAUUCUGCCGUUGGUUAUGGUAGUUAUCGUUACGACAGCCGAAAACAGGACUGUUGGCUGGAGUUGCAGCAACUGCAAAAGGAAGUUGUGUCACUUAAAUCAAAGUAUCGUAACAAUAAAGUACCUCUAGACGAUGGAAACAAUUAUCAAUUUCAAAGUAGUCAAUUUUACUCAAUACCAAAUAGACUGUCAUUAGAUUUACAUCACCAGAUGAUGCAAACGCCACAUGCUCCGAGGACUCCACAUCUAGUACGGCCAAACCACAGUUUUGAAAGUGUUGAUUUAAAUCCACCAUUUCUAAGCAAUGGGCGUUUCGAUUCAACUAAUUUGCCGAUGACUAGCGCAGCCCGUGGUGACAUGGCUUUGCUUUGCAACGUGAGUCCAUUGGCGAUACAGAGACAGCCUCUGCAGCAACAACUGAUGCAACACAGAUUUCUGCAGCAAAAGCGGCAACUCUUACAAAAGCAAUAUGCGCUGGAGUCACAUAUUUCACGUCAACAACACCUUAUGCGUGAACAAUAUUACAAAGUAGGCCAGACGCAACAGGUUAUAGGUCAAAAUUUGAUUGCAACCAAUUUCGAGCCGACGGAAUCGUGCCCACCUAGUGAUAUUUUUAUUCCCGGCUUGAAUGCCUUUGACCGGAGUACAGGCAAAAUGCAACAUCCUUCUAUGAUUCCGCUGCCUUACGGGCCAACUAUCAGCAACUACAUGAAAACGUCUUACAUUAAGCAACAAUCCCAGAACCUAUCAAUGGUAACAAUGCCAACGAAAUAUAUACCGCCGUUAAGUAGGCAUGCAUCAGAGACAUGGAGCUCACUUCCGACAACAGUGGCUAAUAGUCAAUUGAAAAAAGCAGGCAAAUUAAUAGAAAACGGCGGACGUUUAGCACCACAGUUUCAUGCAAAUGUAGGUAACUCGAAUUGGAUAUGCAAAUAAUUUCAAUAACUAGUUCACAAUUGAAAUAUUUCAC